CGGGACUAAAGUUUCCUGCGGUCCCUGAUUCUUCUCUGGGUUAACUGUGAAUCUCCGGGUAUGGGAGGGCCUGGCCCCAGUCUUUCAAGCCGGGAGAGAUAUUAGGCGCCGCGCACGCACUCCUCUGCCGGCAGGGCUCGAAGAGAAGCCGAGCGGAGCGCGGAUCUCCGUGCCGCUGUCUUACCAUGCUUUCCUGUGAUAUUUGUGGUGAAACAGUAACCUCAGAACCAGACAUGAAGGCUCACCUCCUAAUUGUUCACAUGGAAAAUGAAGUUAUAUGUCCAUUUUGCAAAUUGUCAGGUGUGAAUUAUGAGGAAAUGUGUUUUCAUAUUGAAACUGCUCAUUUUGAGCAGAAUGCACUAGAAAGAAACUUUGAGAGGAUAAAUACAGUACAGUAUGGAACUUCAGAUAACAAGAAGGACAACACCCUACAGUGUAAAAAGGAAGUUAACUCAGGUAUUCAUUCAGCUUGUGCCUCUAAUCAUCCAAAAAGUUCAGCUCAAAGCCUGCCUAAGGCUGGUACUUUAAAACAUGAAGCCAUUUGUUCAGAGAACUUAACGAAAUCUGGAAAAUUCCUGAAAAGUAGAGAAAAACGGCCUGGCCUAACAGAAAUAAAAGGAUCAAUUUAUGAAGCAAUGUAUAGUCCUCCUGAAUGCCCAUUCUGUGGAAAAAUAGAGAAGUGUAGUCAAGAUAUGGAAACUCAUGUGAAGACAAAGCAUGCCAAUAUUUUAGACACUCCAUUAGAAGACUGUGAUCAACCACUUUAUGACUGCCCUAUGUGUGGGCUCAUCUGUACAAAUUACCAUAUUCUCCAAGAGCAUGUUGUCUUGCAUUUAGAAGAAAACAGCCUUCGACAAGGCAUGGAUAGUGUCCAGUGUUCUAGUGAUUUAGAAUUGGCUCACCAGCUUCAACAAGAAGAAGACAGAAAGAGGAGAUCUGAAGAAUCAAGACAAGAGAUAGAGGAAUUUCGGAAGCUGCAGAGACAAUAUGGUUUAGAUAAUUCUGGAGGAUACAAACAACAGCAACUACGGAAUAUGGAGAUAGAAGUAAAUAGGGGAAGAAUGCAUCCAUCUGAAUUUCACAGAAGAAAAGCUGAGAUGAUGGAAUCACUAGCUAUUGGUAUUGAUGAUGGAAAAACAAAAACUUCUGGAAUUAUUGAAGCACUUCAUAGGUAUUAUCAGAAUGCUGCCAUGGAUGUGCGCCGUGUGUGGCUUUCUACAGUGGUGGAUCACUUUCAUUCAUCUUUAGGCGACAAAGGUUGGGGUUGUGGUUACAGAAAUUUCCAAAUGCUACUUUCAUCAUUAUUACAAAAUGAUGCUUAUGAUGAUUGCUUGAAAGGUAUGUCAGUUCCUUGCAUUCCAAAAAUUCAAUCUAUGAUUGAAGAUGCAUGGAAGGAAGGUUUUGAUCCUCAGGGGGCUUCUCAACUUAAUAAUAGAUUACAGGGAACAAAGGCCUGGAUUGGAGCAUGUGAAGUAUAUACACUCCUGACCUCCCUAAGGGUAAAGUGCCAUAUUGUUGAUUUUCACAAGUCAACUGGUCCUUUGGGUACACACCCUCACUUAUUUGAAUGGAUAUUGAACUAUUACUCCUCAGAGAGGGAAGGGAGUCCAAAGGUAGUGUGUACAUCUAAACCUCCUCUCUACCUUCAGCAUCAAGGUCAUAGUCGAACAGUUGUUGGAAUUGAAGAGAGAAAAAACCGAACACUGUGUUUACUAAUAUUUGAUCCUGGAUGUCCUUCUCGAGAAAUGCAGAAACUGUUAAAGCAAGACAUAGAGGCUAGCAGUCUUAAGCAACUUCGGAAAUCUGUGGGAAAUUUAAAACAUAAGCAAUACCAGGUAGUGGCAGUAGAGGGUACUCUUUCUCCAGAAGAGAAAGUUGCCAGGAGACAAGCUUCUGAAGUCUUUACAGCUGAGAAGAUUCCUUGAAGAAUUAAGCACUUCAGUGAUUAUGGAAUUACACUGUUUUUCAAAUUCAGAUACUGAACUCCUUAAUACAACUUAUGAAUCUAUGAAUUCUCUAAGAACUCAACAUAUAAUUUAAUUUCUAAAAUGCCUGUAUUAAUUAAAUUAUACCUGUAGUACUUAAUUGUUUAGUAAUUAUUUCAAUAAAAUAUCUUGUUUGCAUUGUA